UUUAUGGGGUUUUGUUUGUGAAGGGGUUCAGCGUCAUUUGGCCAAAGUCGAAGUCGAAGCGUCAUUUGGCCAAAAAUCAUUAGGGAACCACUCCAGUCACGAAAGCAGAAAUCGUUUGUAUUUCUUCUCCAAUCUUUCGAUCCAACACAUUGGAUUCGGGCGGAGCACACUUCGAGGGUUACCUCCUCACAUCAAUCUCCCGGUCCCUAUUUUCCAGUCGUCCCUACUCAAAGAUUAACGAACCGAGGUCGAAAUCUACCGAAGCCUCUGUUACAUCGUUCUUAUCAACGCCAAAAUUCCAGCCGAUCAUGGUGGGGUGGCAGAGGCAUUUACAAUCCAUAUUUCGUCAUAUUGGCAGAAGAGUGAAUCAAAAUCAUGGUUCAUCUGUCAGCUUCUCUACCGCUUAUCAUGGUUCCUCUUAUUUGCAAGGUGAACUUCCUUUUUUCCGGAGAACAUUGGAUUUACCUUCCACAAGUAUUCCAAGACCUUUUCAUCAGUAUUUGAAACAGUUGGGAAUUUCUAGUUCAAGGAAUUUGCUAGCAGAUUCAUCUGAUGAAACUCCAGUCCCUUCUCCUUUGACACCUCUUUUGGCUCCAAGCAGUGGAAAAGAUGAAAAUCAAGCUGUGAAACCUAAACCCUCAAAAGUCCAAGCAAUUCUGAAAUGCAUAAAGCAGAGUCCCAAGAAGGUGAAUUUGGUGGCUGCUUUAGUUCGUGGAAUGCGAGUUGAAGAUGCACUAUUGCAAUUGCAAGUGACAGUGAAGCGUGCUGCAAAGACUGUCUAUCAGGUUAUACACUCAGCUCGUGCAAAUGCAACACAUAACCAUGGAUUGGAUCCAGAUCGUCUUCUUGUUGCGGAAGCAUUUGUUGGGAAAGGAUUCUACAAAAAGAGACUUUCUUAUCAUGCCAAAGGGAAAUGUGGGAUAAAGGUGCGACCAGAAUGUAGGCUGACAAUUGUAGUGAGGGAGAUGACCCCAGAAGAGGAGGCUGAGAUUGCCAGACUGAGAGUCAGUAAUUUCCGAAAGCUUACCAAGCGUGAAAGGCGGCUUGUCCCACAUAAACUGAUUGAAACAACUCCAGUAUGGAACCGUAAAAGCAAACCAAGCAGUCAAGGACCAAAUGUUAUGGCUUGAAUGGGUAGGCAGGUACUGCUGUCCCCUUGUUUUUGCAUCUAGUAGACACUAGAGCUUUGCCUUUCAGGAGAAAUACAGGACCAUGUUAGAAAGGCUUAUGACAAUCCUAGUGUUGCUGCGGUUUCCAGGGUAACUAUUGUUUUGUAGUCUUGUAGUUGUAGCCUUUUUUUUCUUUGUUCUCUUUGCACUUGUUUUUUGUUGAGAUCAAGGAACCAAAACCAAUUCUUUCUUCUCUUUUAUGCUAGUUAUAUUUGUUGAAAUAAAUAAUUAGAGCUGGCACAAAAAGCCCUCUUUGGCGCA